AAGGUACAGUUUCACUGCUCAGUCAGUCGUACACUUUCAAACGCUGCAGAGGGUCCGCAUUCUGUGAGAAGGUAGUUUUUUGUGCAACUGAAAAAACAUCCAAACAUAGGUGAUUAGUCGCCAGAUCAGAACAUUGGCAUUAUCAAAGCUGUGACGAGCAACACCGAGAGCAUUUUAUUUGCCAUCCACUACCCACAGCGGAGUAAUAAAAAUCAGCAAACAUGUCCACCGAGCGCCCGCUAGACGUGAUCAUAUUCGGUGCAACCGGUUUCACCGGCAAGUACACCAUCUACGAGGGAAUCAAACUACUGGACGGCCUUAAAUGGGGCGUCGCCGGUAGGAGUAAGGAAAAACUGGCUAAAGUUCUCAAUGAGAUCGGCAAUAAGGCCGAGAAGGAUCUUUCGGAAACGCCAACCGUGAUCGCUGAUGUGAAGGAUCCCGAUUCGCUUAAGAAAAUGGCCGAACAGUGUCGGAUCGUGGUCAACUGCUGUGGUCCCUAUCGAUUCUAUGGGGAACCGGUGGUGAAGGCUUGCAUCGAAGCCGGUACGCACCACGUGGAUGUCAGCGGUGAGCCACAGUACAUGGAACGGAUGCAGCUCCAGUACAACGAGCAGGCCCAGGAGAAGGGAGUCUAUGUGGUGUCCGCUUGCGGAUUUGACAGUAUUCCCGCCGAUCUGGGAACGGUGUUCCUGGAGAAGGAAUUUGACGGGACCAUAAAUUCCGUUGAAACGUUUUUGGAGACGAAGUCGAAUCGGUCGGAUGGUGGAGCGGUCAUUCACUAUGGUACGUGGGAGUCGGCCAUCUAUGGGUUGGCCCAUGCGAACGAGCUGCGCGGACUAAGAAGUCAACUGUUCCAAUCAAGACUGCCCAACUUCCAGCCCCGCUUGAAGGAUCGUCCACUGUUGCAUAGGGCCAAGAUUUCGAACAAUCGCUGGUGUCUGCCGUUCCCGGGUUCCGAUCGAUCGGUGGUGAUGCGAUCACAGAGAUACUUCUACGACAACGAUAAAAAGCGACCGGUCCAGAUGAAGGCCUAUGUCACUUUUGCAACACUCUUCGAGGUGCUCGCUGUAAUUCUGGUUGCUGCCGUGUUUGGCAUUAUGACUCGCUUCAAGCUGGGACGUCAAUUGCUGUUGAAAUACCCACGCCUGUUCUCGGCCGGAUUUGUGUCGCACGAGGGUCCCUCGGAGGAAACGAUGAAGAAUACCGAGUUCACGAUGUACUUCAAGGGCGAGGGGUGGAACCGGGAUGAAGAACAGCUGGAACCGUCCGAUCAGUACAAGGUGCCACCGAAUAAGAAGCUUAAGGUCAAGGUGACAGGAACCAACCCAGGCUACGGAGCGACCUGUGUUGCACUGCUACUGUCAGCGACGACCAUCCUGAAGCAAAGUGACAAGAUGCCCUCGACGGGAGGCGUCUUUCCACCGGGAGCUGCUUACUACAAGACUAAUAUGAUUGAAGAGCUCUGCAAGAAUGGGUUCAAAUUCGAAGUGCUUAAAUAGGAGACUGAUUUCAAAUGACUAGCUAUUCUCAUUCAUCAAUUAGGAUAGCAAUGUGGAUGCACAGGAGCACGAAGGUCGAUGGGCCAUGUCCCUCAUGUUCUUAAAAGGAUUGGGAAUUAUAUGCAUGUUACUGAAUUCUAUAUUAAGCUUUUAUCCGUAUAAGGGUUGUUGUCACUCAUCCUGAGGCCCUGUUCUAAUCAAGUCAGAAAUUGAACUAUUUAUUAACAAAGCGCUUCUUCGAAAGUGUAUUAUCGUAAGACUAUUAUUACUAAUAAAGAGGAA